AUGCAUACAGAUAUAUCAGCUGCGCACUACAGUAAGCUUACUACUAUUAGGAAGCCGGUCACACCAACCACGGCCUACGGCCUCCUGCGAGAUGCGCAUAAUAUAGCUGCACUGCAUCCCGGACACCAAGGCCCGUUGGCCCCACUGCCCCUGUGCCGGGCCGCGGUGCGGGCUGCGACUGGCCGUAUCGUGGGCUCUGGAAGUUUGACUGGGCCCGGCUGGGUCUUCUGGGUCUUCUGGGUCCUGGCCCUAAACCCUGUUCCAGAAGCGAAGGCGAACCUCGACGUCAGUUUCGCCCCUCUCGCUGUACCCCAGCUCGGGGAAUCGCCUUAG